AUGUCUGUCCUCAUCACUGGAGCCUCUGGGUAUCUCGGUGGCUCGCUGCUUGCGGCACUGCACAACGUCGAACUUCCAGAGCACAAAGACAUAUAUGCUCUCGUCAGAUCUCAAGACCAAGCGGAAGCGGUGAAGAAGUAUGGCGCGAGCCCUCUCACUCUCGAUCUACAAGAUGAAGAGAGGGUUGUCAAGACCAUCGUCGAUGCGCGGAUAUCCGUCAUAUUCUUCCUUGUUGACGCUAUGAACUCCGAUAUGCAGGUCCCCAUGAUAAAAGCCCUUGCAGAAGUCAAGAAGCAAACUGGACGCGAAGUCCACUUUUUGCACACCAGUGGCGCAAAGAUCUUCAGCGAACAUGCGGGGAUGCCUAUCGAUCGACCACUUCCCGAUACAGAUGCUGAUCUGUACAAACUACAAAAGAGUGCCAAGGCUCCUCAUCAACUCUUAACACAGGCGACGAACACGAACAAUGUCAUCAUUGAAACGGCGGAGAAACAUGGAGUCCGCAGCUACAUCUUCAUUCCAUGUAUCGUAUACGGCGAAGGCAAAGGUUUUGGUAACAAAAUCUCGAUCCAAACCACAGCUGUGAUCAAAGCUGCGAAGGGGGCCGGCGCCGUGUACGAUGUCAACCCAGAAGGCUGGAGUAUUCUACGCGACGAGAACCCUGAAUAUGGUGAUAAUGGGUACUAUCUUGCUUCCUCCGGUAGUGUGGCCUGGUACGACAUAUACGCCGCAAUGGCGAAAGCGCUUGCAAAGCGUGGAAUUAUCGACAGCCCAGAAGUCAAGAAAGCGGAUGAAGCAGCGCUUGAUAAGAUGGCGCAGGCCUUGGGUUGCCCUAGAAAGCUUGUUGCAGUUCAGCUGGGUGGAAAGUAA